CGUCUGCUUGUUUGUUGAUAAAACAAAAUUUUUUGCGUGAUAUUCGAUCAUUCGAUGCAAUCCGAGAAAUAUAUUAAAUGUAUUAUGCUUUAGCUCACGAAAGCUGAGAUAUUUGUAAUCCAUGAGUCUUUCUUCCAGUUGUACUCGUGAUGAGUGCAUACGGUUCGUCGUCGAUUUCUUGGAAGUAUCAGUUCAUCAGAUUUUGUGGACACGCAAUUUAUACCCAAAGGAAAUUUUCAGGCAAACACAAAUGUUUAAUGUUUUAGUCUAUAAAUCAAUCCAUCCUGAGGUUAACAGUUAUGUAAACAAUGCCUUAAAUACCAUUAAAACACUGUUAUCAAGUGAUUUCGUAGAGAAAUUGGUAAUGGUCAUCAAGGACAAUGGCCAACCUAUUGAGAGAUUUGUCUUUUCGUUCCAUUCCUACUACAAGACAACUCCAAGUGGAAAAGUUAUGUUGAAUGUGAACGAAGUCCGACAACAAGCAAGAGCAAUAUGGUUGACAAUGAUGCAAAGAUUUGGUUCAGAAAUUCAAGGCAAUAGAGGGGACUGUACAUUCGCGUUCGAAAUCCACACAAGGAACGUUACUUAUGACAAGAUUCUCGAAAGGCAGUCAAAGACCGAGGACUUCCAAUGGAUUGUGGCUGAUAAAAUAAUGAAUCCCAAUAGUGUGGUUCCCAUCAGGAAAUUAGACAGCCAUCCCUUCUGCAUAGACGUUUACACAGAGGAUUACCGCGACGACGACUCGUAACAUGAAAUGAUGCUGCUAAAUAAACGUGAACUUUCACGCUGUAAAUACGAUGCUUGAUUUUAAAUAAAUCUCAGCAGGCUGAGAAAAAAAGGAA